UGUGGUCCCCUUGCGCCGUAGGUGCGGUCGUCGCGGCGCUGACCUUCGUCCCCGCGCUGCCUGUGCCAGGACGAGCCAAUGACUGUAGGGAUCUGGGGCACGUGACAGGGGCGGGUUCUCCGCCGGAAGGGGAGGAGCGAGGCGAGCGGCCAGGGUUCGCGGACAUUCCCUCCUUCCUGAACACUGCCCUCUUCUUCCUGGGAGGCCCCCUCUUCUGUCCUCCUUGGCUGUAGUGCACUGGCAAAGCCCACCCAGAGGGAUCCACGGUCAGGGGGAGAUGCUGGGAGGGUGCUCGGAUAUGGAUCAGGCGCUUUCCAAGUUGGUAGAAGAGCUCACGACCUCGGGAGAACCCCAGCUGAAUCCUGAGAAAAUGAAGGAACUGAAGAAAAUUUGCAAGUCUUCGGAGGAGCAGCUCAGCCGGGCCUACCGCCUGCUUAUGGCCCAGCUGAGCCGGGGGCACGCCGAAGUCCGCCUCUCCGCCUUCCAGAUCGUGGACCAGCUCUUCACCCGGUCCCAUCAGUUCCGCGUGCUGGUCGUGUCCAACUUCCAGGAGUUUCUGGAGCUCACGCUGGGCACCGAUCACGAGCAGCCCCUGCCGCCCCCCAGGGAGGCAGCCCAGAGGCUGAGGCAGGCCGCCACACGGGCCGUCCAGGCCUGGAACGGAAAGUAUGGCGCUGCCUACAAGAAGCUCGCCUUGGGCUACCACUUCCUGAGACACGGCAAACAGGUGGAUUUUGAGGAUGUGAGUGCGCGGACUCUGGCAGAAAGAAAGCGGGAGGAGGCGAAGCAGAAGCGCUUGGACAGAAUCUACAGGGAGAGGUGUGAGCGGGCCAUCAGGGAGAUGGAGGGUGAGUUCUCCCUCCAUAGGGGCUGCCGGUGGGCGGACGACGCGCCCGAGGAGGGCGCCCCUGGGGUGGCCGGUGCCGCGAGGCCAGGGGCCGAGGAGCCCUGCUGCAGCCGGAGCCUGCGCGCCUGCGCCCCGCCUCCCCCGCCCCGAACUGCGGGGGCCUCUGGGGAGGACGGGGAGGAGGACGAGGAGCAGGAGCACAGUGACAGUGACAGCGCCCACGAGGACGAGGACCAUGAAGGGUUUGUGCGGCGCCACGGCCUGGGCUCCCACAAGUACACGCUGGACGUGGAGCUGCCCUCAGGCGGCCUGCGCGUGCUUGAGGACGAAGACAACCGUGCCGUCGUCCAGUCCGCCCGGGACGCGCUCAAGCUCAUCCGGAACAAGUUCCUGCCGGCCGCCUGCUCCUGGGUGCAGCUGUUCACCCGCGCAGGCGUCCACGGCCGGCACUUAGAGGCGGCCAUCGACCUGAAGGCGGAGCUGGAAACCGCCCUGAGGAGAUCUGGGGAGCUGGACCUCGAGCCCGAGGAGGGGCGCAGCGGGGAGGCGGCAACCCCAGCAGACGGGGACGGGGACGACGAUGACGAUGACGACUUCAUAGAGGUCCCGGAGAAGGAGGGCUAUGAGGCCUGCAUCCCCGACCACCUGUGGCCUGAGUGUGAGCUGGAGAGAAGUCCCCCUGCACAGGGCUCGCAGGCCCUGAAGAGGACGAGGAGGGAUGAGGAGGCACGGGACCCCACCUGCGCUGCCGCCCAGCUGCACGCGCUGCAUGGACGCCUGCCCCCGCCCCCGAGCCCCAGGGCACCUGUGGGACCAGAGGAGGCCAGGAAGCUGGCUGAAGAGCGAGCCCGGGCGCCUGUCGUGCCCUUUGGGGUGGACCUGUGCUACUGGGGUCAGGAGCAGCCGCCGGCCGGGAAGAUCCACAAGUGUGACUCUGAGCACCGCUUCUGGAAGCCCAGCGAGGUGGACGUGGAAGUGGACAGUGCUGACGUCUCCGAGAUGCUGCAGAGCCGCUACAUCACCUUCGCGGGCAAGUUCGAGCCCGUGCAGCACCGGUGCCGGGCCCCACGGCCCGACGGCCGGCUCUGCGAGCGCCAGGACCGGCUGAAGUGUCCUUUCCACGGGAAGAUCAUCCCAAGAGACGACGCGGGGUGGCCCCUCCACCCGGAGGACAGGGCCUGGGAGCAGAGACGGCGGCAGGAGCAGCAGCAGGCCGGGCGCCCGGACUGGCAGGACCCCGAGUUUAUGAGAGACGUGGAGGCCGCCACGGGAGUAGACCUUGGCUCGUCUGGGUCCGGCGGGAGAGGCCGAGGAAAGAGGCGGCAGCACCGGGGCCUCACCGACCUGAAGCAUCAGGCCAACACGGCUCGCGCUCGCAUCGCGAAGAAGGUGUUUGCUAAGGCCGCCGUGCAGAGAGUCGUCACUGCCAUGAAUCAGAUGGACCAGAAGAAGCACGAGAAGUUUGCAAACCAGUUUAACUAUGCGCUGAAUUAGGGGGCCGGCCUGGGGGGCGCGGUCCCCUCUGGCGGCGUCGCGGAGCGUGGAGCAGGCACAGGACGGCUGUGACCACUUCACGUGCCCCAGAGCUCCGACUGUCCCCUGCCGUGGGGGCGCCACUGUCCUCGGGGCCACGGGUCUGGUCUGGGAGCCUGGCGGUGACGUGGGCAGCUGAGUCUCUGUGGGCCAUGCUGCAACGCCUGUACGUCUUGUGAUGUGGCUCAGAGUUGAUGGCCCACGUGUGACCCCCAGCCCCCCAGCCUUUUCUCCGAGCCUUUUCCCAGAAAACCCCACGCUUUUAUGUACACGCCGUUUCUUAGACAAACACGGGAAGCGACUGCUCA